UUGCGAUUAGCGCCAGUGAUCCAUUAAUUAGUUUCUUUUUAUAAACUGAAGAAGAUUGAGAAAUUGUGAGGAGCCAAAAGGAUUAUGGCUGAAGCUGUGGAACUUCCAACUCCUACGAAAUAUUUUUGCCAUCAAUGCUCGCGAGAAGUUUCUCCUUUGCACCCUUUUGUGGAAUUGAUAUGUCCUGAGUGCUCAAGUGGUUUUAUUGAAGAAGUUUCUCGGGACCUAUAUGAAGCCCAAGAAGAAUAUAUUGCUGAACAAGAAGAUGAAUUUAAUCCUGCUGCUGACUGGGAUCAUCAUAUAGCUGAUGAGCUGAUGUUACAAAAUGCUUUUCAAGUUCAGGGUAUACUUAACCGGGCAUUGAACAACAUUGGAGUUGAUGAAGAUGAAGAUUCUGAAGCUUCAUAUGCAGAGCAUUUGUUUAGUAUAAAUGAGCUGGAAAACUACUUUAAUUAUCGAGCAUUUGAAAUGACAAGGGAUGGCUCAAGAAAAGAAAACCUGCACAUGAAGGGGGAAACUAAACCUCUGUAA